GCGCCCGCGCCCUCUCCACCAAUGAGCGGCGGCCACGGCGGGGACAGGCGCGGGGGUGGGCGGAGUUUGCCGUGAGGAGCGGCGGUGGCGGCGGAGGAAGCAGGGGGCAGCCAUGGGGGCGCGCGCCGCGGGCCGCCUCUGGUGGGGCACAGUGAGCUGCACGCUAUUCCUGGCAGUUAACGGUCUAUAUUCGGCCAGUGAUGAUGUGAUAGAGCUAACACCAACCAACUUCAACAAGGAGGUCAUUCAGAGUGACAGCUUGUGGCUCGUCGAGUUCUAUGCCCCAUGGUGUGGUCACUGUCAAAGACUAACCCCUGAGUGGAAGAAAGCCGCAACAGCAUUAAAAGGUGUAGUGAAAGUAGGUGCGGUAGACGCAGAUAAGCAUCAGUCCUUGGGUGGACAGUAUGGUGUCAGGGGCUUUCCAACUAUCAAGAUAUUUGGAGCCAACAAAAACAAAGCAGAAGAUUAUCAGGGUGGCAGGACAAGUGAAGCCAUUGUUGAUGCUGCCCUUAGUGCUCUUCGGUCCCUGGUGAAAGACCGCCUCAGCGGCAGAAGUGGAGGAUAUAGUUCUGGGAGACAGAGCCGAGAGAGCGGAGGUGGAGACAAGAAGGAUGUGAUUGAGCUGACUGACGACAGCUUUGAUAAGAACGUCAUAAAUAGUGACGAUGUGUGGAUGGUGGAGUUUUAUGCCCCGUGGUGUGGGCACUGCAAAAAUCUGGAGCCAGAAUGGGCAGCUGCUGCCACUGAGGUGAAAGAACAAACCAAGGGGAAAGUAAAGCUGGCUGCGGUAGAUGCAACAGUCAAUCAGAUGCUGGCGAGCCGGUAUGGGAUUCGUGGAUUUCCCACAAUUAAAAUCUUCCAGAAAGGAGAAGACCCUGUUGAUUAUGAUGGUGGGAGAACUAGAUCUGAUAUUAUUGCUCGUGCUUUGGAUCUGUUUUCUGAUAACGCACCACCACCUGAGCUCUUGGAGAUAAUUAGUGAGGAUGUUCUGAAGACUACCUGUGAUGCUCAUCAGCUGUGUAUCAUUUCUGUCCUGCCUCAUAUUCUUGACACAGGAGCUUCAGGGAGGAAUUCUUACCUGGACGUCAUGUUAAAAAUGGCUGAAAAAUACAAAAAGAAGAUGUGGGGGUGGCUGUGGACAGAAGCAGGCGCUCAGUCAGAUCUUGAGAGCUCUUUGGGGAUUGGAGGCUUUGGGUAUCCAGCAAUGGCAGCUAUUAAUGCUCGGAAAAUGAAAUUUGCCCUUCUGAAAGGAUCGUUCAGUGAGCAAGGGAUCAAUGAGUUUCUCAGGGAACUAUCUGUUGGUCGUGGCUCAACAGCGCCAGUGGGUGGUGGAGCUUUCCCUAAAAUUUACACAGUUGAACCUUGGGAUGGCCAAGAUGGUGAGCUUCCAGUUGAAGAUGAUAUAGAUCUCAGUGACGUGGAUCUGGAUGACUGGGAUAAAGAUGAGCUGUGAGAUCUUCAGGAGACUUCUUUUCUUGGGAGAGUUUGCGCAGCAGUUUGCAACCUGGUUCACAUUCAGAUGGAUAUUCCAGUGGCCUUUUUAUGGAGAAGUAGCACACGACACACUGUGCUACGUGAUGCACUGCAGCAGUGAACUGUACGCAACUCAAGAAAACAUUGCAGAAAUUCUAUGAAUUGUCAUAACCAGUAAACUUGAUUGUAUUCUGUGUAACAAAUAUUUUGAGGACAACAUGGAUUUUUAUUUUCUUUGAAACAUCUUGGGGUUUAUUUUGUUGAUGGUGUGCUGUUUGAGUGUUACUGGAGGCUGUUAGUGUAAACAAUUUUAAAUGUGAUUUUUUUUUUUCUUUUCCAUGGAGGUGGAACCUGGUCGGCUUCUGUUUCAAUUAAAGAAUAAAACAAUAUUUUUGACACACA